CUAUUUUCGGCGCGGGCUCCGAGUGCCUCGAUACAGCUAUUCUAUGUCUGUGCUUUAUUAUUAUUAUUAAUUUAAUUUUUAAAAUUAAUUUAACUAUUAUUUUUCAUGUAAGUAUCGAGUGAAGAAAGUGCCCUUGUAGGUCUCCUAACAGCGAAAAAGAUGUCGACCACCCUGGGAAUCCGCCGACUGAAUUCCAAGUAUGCUAGUGGUAGUAUCUCCGAAAAAAUGGCAAUGCUACAAAAGAAUUCAGCCGAAGUGGUCAGACAUCUGGGAUUGGUCGGCAAUGCAAGUCUCCCACGGUUGAUCUCGACGACAGUCAGCUUGAGCGAACCGGCCGUACCCAAAGCAGCUACUUCCAAAGAGGUCUUCGAGAGGGAGUACAAAUCUACCGCUCACAAUUAUGACCCACUUCCUGUCGCCAUCUCCAAAGGAGAAGGCGUAUACAUGUGGGACGUGGAUGGGAAAAAAUACCUGGACUUUUUCGCGGGAUACGCGACUCUGUCCCAUGGUCAUUGCCAUCCCACCAUCGUGGAGGCUAUGCGGAAGCAGGUUGGAAUCCUGCAUCACACCUCGCGAGCCAUCUACCACGACAAAAUGUACGAGUUUGCCGAGUACAUCACCAAGAAAUUCAACUUCGACAAAGUCCUCACCAUGAACACCGGUGCCGAAGGUGGCGAGACAGCGGUGAAGUUGGCCCGGAAAUGGGGCUACCGGGUAAAGAAAAUCCCUGAAAACAAAGCGAAGACGAUUUUCGCGCACGGUAACUUCUGGGGUCGAACCAUCGCCGCCAUUUCCAGCUCGAGCAGCCCGACCAGCAAGGACGAGUUUGGACCGCACGUCCCAGAAUUUCACAACAUCCCUUACAACGACAUCCCCGCGCUCGAGGAAAAGCUGAAGGACCCUCACGUGUGUGCUUUCAUGGUGGAACCGAUUCAAGGCGAAGCCGGAGCUGUGGUGCCUGAUGAAGGUUACUUGAAGAAAGUACGGGAGCUGUGCACAAAAUAUAACGUACUGUGGAUCGCCGAUGAAGUACAGACCGGUCUCUGCAGGACUGGGAAAUUCCUCGCCGUCCACCAUGAGAACGUGAAACCUGAUAUUCUUAUACUCGGAAAAGCUCUGUCUGGAGGAGUCAUGCCUGUCUCGGCGGUUUUGGCGGACGAUCCAGUGAUGGAGGUGUUCACGCCAGGAACCCACGGCUCGACCUACGGCGGGAACCCGUUGGCGUGCCACCUGGGGAUCGUGUCCCUCGAGAGUAUGACCGAGGGGAAGUUCGACGAGAACGCCAAGAAGAUGGGCGACCUCUUCAUGUCCGAGCUGUCGUCGCGAUUGGACAGGAAGAAAGUCCCGAUCGUCCGAGGGCGUGGUUUACUCAACGCUAUCGUCGUCGAUCCAGAGCAAAUUGACACAAAAUAUGCAACGAUUGCAAUGCGAGACCGUGGCUUGAUCACGAAGCACAUCAACGAGAAGGUGAUUCGAUUCUCGCCAGCGUUGAUCAUCACCGAAGAACAGAUGCGAGCUGGAAUUGACAUCAUCGUCGACGCACUCAACAAUUUUAAAAUGCCGGCAAAAUGAACGGGGACAAAACAGUAUUCAACCGCCGAUCAAUCGUGCUCUGAAUCAUGACAAUUUGAGAAUGGACCACUGAACAAGCUGCGAAUUGAAGCAUUCGUGGAAAAAAUUGAAUGUUGCUUCAGCAUUGAUAAUAUGUUACAAAAAUGUACAAGUAUAAAUGCCGAUUUUACAAUAGAAUAAUGCAUCACUG